AUGGGGGAUAAUUCAAAAACUGUCCUUCAUGAAAAGGAGUACAAUAUUAGUGACAAACUCACUAGCACUCUUCUAAAUGGAAAUAACUAUCUAACUUGGGCAAAUGCUUCAUCUAUCUCUUUGGAAAGGCGGUCCAAGUUAGGUCACAUAGAUGGAACAAAACAUGUUCCAUCUAAGGAAGAUUCCAACUAUGAGGAUUGGAUUUUCAAAGAUAAGAAAGUCAUGUCUUGGAUACUCAAUUCCAUAGAGCCUAAUAUAACAAAGAUUUUCACUGAUGCUGAAAAUGCUCAGGAUCUCUGGACAUCUAUAAAAGAAAUAUAUGGAAAACAAGAUAAUUUGUCUCGAAUUUUUGAAUUAAAGCAAGAAAUAUCCCGUACUAAGCACGAUGAAGGAUCCAUUACAGAAUACCUUGCUUCCUUUAAAAUAUUAUGGGAUGAACUUGCAACAUAUUCCCUUGCUACAACCGCUUCAAAGGAAAUUCAAAAACGAAUUGAGCAAUAUAAAAUUUUUAUCUUUCUUGCUGGCUUGAAAUCUGAAUAUGAAAAUGAAGAGGGUCUAGUUAUCAUAGAAAAGGCAGAGGAUGAGGAAUUGGAGGAAGAUCCUCUCUACGAUGUGCUCAUUGUGGAAACCAAGGAAUCCUUCACCGAUAAUAUUCUCUCCCAAGAAGCAAGUACUAUCUUCACAAACUCAUGUGCUUUACUGUCCUCUCGAUCAUCCACAUGGGCCAUUGAUUCAGGAGCUAGUGACCACAUGACUGGAAGCUUUGACUGUCUUUCCAGAUUCAAGAAAGUCACUGAUAGACUUUCUGUGUCAAUAGCCAAUGGUGUUAUGAUUCCUGUUACUGGAAUUCGGAAAGCAUCUCUUAUUUUUUAUGAGUAUCAUCCUGAUGUUUGCUACUUGCCUUCCUUUCCAUCAAAUUUUCUUUCCGUUAGCAAAAUCACUUAUGAUCUAAACUGUAAUGUCAUUUUUUCUCCUCAUUCUGUGGUGUUUCAAGAUAGGGCCACGGGGAAGAUGAUUGGUGAGGGUCAUGCUUCACAUGCCCUAUACUUGAUUAAUCAGCAGAAUAAAGCCUUGGAGUCUAAGGGAAGUUUGAAUAAUGGGAAUUUAUGGCACUCAAGGAUUGGUCAUCCAUCAAAUAAUGUUUUGCGAAUCUUGUUCCCAAGAAUUUCAUUAGAUUCAAGUAAUUGUGAUGUGUGCAAAUUUUCCAAGCAAGCUAAGUUACCUUUUCUUAACUUUACUAGUUUAUCUGAUGAGUCAUUUCACUUGGUUCACUCUGAUGUUUGGGGACCUGCUCUAGUAACCUCCUAUAAUGGUUUUGAAUAUUUUGUCACUUUUACUGAAGACAAAUCUAGGGCUACUUGGUUAUAUCUGUUGAAAUCAAAGAGCGAAGUGUUUUCUGCAUUCAAAGAUUUUUACAAUCUGAACCCGCGAAUAUGUCACAUGGAAGCAGUUGAGAGGAUUAUAAGGUAUCUUAAGUCUGCACCAGGUAGAGGAAUAUGGAUGAAAUCAAAUGGGCAUGUUGAUAUCGAGGGAUAUUCAGAUGCUGAUUGGGCUGGAAGUCUUUCUGAUAGGCGGUCCACUACGGGAUAUUGUACUAGUGUUGGUGGUAAUCUUGUCACAUGGAAAGCAAAAAACAAAGUGUUGUUGCCCAAUCAAAUGCCGAAGCAGAAUAUAGGGCAAUGA